GUAUCUCGCUACCACCACCACCUUUGUGUUGCAGGACAUGACCUAUCUCUGUAUCUCAGCUUCGGAUUCAUCCAGUCAAAACCUGCUGCAGCAUUUUAAGGAGUGCAUCAAGUUCAUCCAUGAGUGCCGGCUCGGUGGAGGAGGCUGCCUUGUCCAUUGCCUGGCUGGGGUCUCCCGCAGCACCACCACCCUGGUGGCUUACCUCAUGACGGUGACCGAGCUCGGUUGGGAGGGCUGCUUGGCUGCCACCAAGGUUGUGAGAUCCUACGUCAGCCCCAACUUUGGCUUCCAGCAGCAGCUGCAGGAGUACGAGGUGACCUUGCUGCAGGAGGCAUCCCAUAAUGAUGUGUCUGUGGAGUCUGCAAGCAGGCACGGCUCUUUUGCAUGCAGCUCUCUGUGGGGACCAGCUGCUGGCCCUUGUGCAUGUCAUUUGUUGCCUGGGGAUGUUGGGUUUUGCAU